CUAGGGGAGAUUUGGCGCUGCCGUCUGGAGGUGUACGAAGAUUGCGGGGGUUGCUUUGGUUUCGAGAGUGCGCCAUAGUUUACAAAAAGACGCGACUCAGGAUCAGACUCCUUCAAGACGCUCACGUUUCGGUACGCAUCAACGCCGUAGGAUCGAGAUGUCGUCCACCUCCCAGAAGCACCGCAACUUUGUCUCCGAGCCCAUGGGCGAGAAGGUGGUGACGGACCUCGCGGGCGUCGGCGAUGUUCUUGGGCAGAGGCUGGUACAGAAAGGCUUCGACAAGGCCUACGUGGUGCUGGGGAAGUUCUUGAUGGUGAAAAAAAACAAAGACCUCUUCAUCGAGUGGAUGAAGGAAGUAUGCGCCGCCAACAGCAAGCAGGCGUCUGACUGUUACCAGUGCCUCUACGACUGGUGCUCGGAGUUCCUGUGAUGCGGUGGCUGCAGUGCCCAUACCUUUCUGUAUACAUACUGACGUUUUUAGUUGUUCUUUUCUUUUACUUUAGCUUUUAACGUAAACUUGAUUUAAUAAAUAUUUGAAAUAUAUGUA